AAUAUUCACACGCCAUUCUCAAACCUAUCGUUUUAUUUUGUUCCUUUCUCUGUCUUUUCGAUCCAAAAUUCCAAACCCUAAAACCUAAAACCAAAAUUCAAACCCUAGAUUCUUCUCAAUUCAAAUCUAUUUUGAUGAUAAUCAUCUCAAAUCUAUCAUCGCCGUCGUAUUUUUCUUCUUCUAGCAAACCCUAGCAGAUCGAUUUGGGUUUUUUUUAUAUUAUUUAUUUAAUUAUUCUCAGAUGGAGGGCUCUGUGGUUCAGGAUCUCGGAGCCCCGGAGUCAUGGGAGGUUGCCGAUUUGGACGAAACGAUGAGUCGUUUAAUGUUAAAUAAAAACAAGAUGAACAACCAGGUUCAAGAGCUACCUCGAGAUUCUCCUUUGAAUUCUGCUUCGAGCUCUGGGUCUUGUUCUGGUGAGGAUUUAAACAAUCAGGUUGACCAGUUUCUUCGUGAAGCCUUGCAGAACCCUCGCGAACGCCUUUCCAUUCUGAGGAUGGAGCAGGACAUUGAAAAGUUUAUCUGUGAUCCUACAUUACAACAAUUAGAAUUUCAGCAGUUGCCUACCUCAUAUUUGAGGCUGGCAGCACACCGUGUGGCCCAACAUUAUUCUCUGCAGUCAAUGGUGUUGCUAGAUAAUAAUUUACCGGAUGGUUCUGGUUCCAGAAUUAUUGUCCGCAAGACUCCUGAGUGUAGGAUGCCUUUGACACGCUUGGCUGACAUCCCUGUGAAUAUUCCAUCAGAAGACAGCAGUGUCGUUAAAGUUGCAAUUAAGCAAAGGCCCAACAAACGAUCUCAAGGUGCCAACAGCGCAGGUUCCAAUUCCGCAAAGGGCAAUAGCUCCAAAAGUGUAGAAGAAAGAAAAGAGGAGUACAACAGGGCACGUGCAAGAAUCUUUAACUCUAGUAGUCCCAUUUCUGCUCCUAUCGCAAAACCAGAAAGUGAACCAAGAUUGCAAGAUGGUUCUCAGCAUGGUUUGUUGGGUGUGAUGAAGACAGAAGAAAAAUCCUCUUCAGGAAAUUUAGAUGUAAAUUCUGGUAGAGGUGCUACUGAAUCUUCUAUGAAUAACAAUAGAUCAGCUAGAACUAGGGCUGAAAAGGAACCAGUAAGCAGGUAUAAACCAAACAAUAGGGUAGCCAUUUUUCGAGACCGUGAAAUUGAUAGGAAGGAUCCAGACUAUGACCGAAGCUAUGACAGGUAUUUGCAAAGAUUUGAUCCUGGAUUUGGAUUCAAUGGAGGUCCAUACACUAUGCAGCCAAUGUAUACCCCUGCAGUGAAUUACAACACUGAAUUUCCACAACUUGGUUCCAGCCAUAGACCGCAUAUAUCUGAACACCAACCUCAACCAUUGCCUCAGCAUCUGCCUGGGUCAUGGGGUGUGCCAUCAAACCCUGCUGGAAUUGGUUAUGGCCCUCCAGAAACAAUGAUGCAACCGUUCACUCCAAAUCAUGUUGGUGCGCGCUCCACAUCUGCCAUUUACUUGCACUCCUCUCAAUAUCCCUGUCAGCGCUCAGGAAUGCCUUUCAUCCACCCUCAUGAACAUGUUCAGCCAUUUUCACAGUCUCAUCAACAACAACCUGAUGCAAGCUAUGGUUUAGCCCGGCCCCGGUGAGGGGCUUGGGCCAUGCCUGCACCCUGCUAGCUGGAAUUUGUACUCGGAAUGUUUAUGGAUGACGCAACAUCACAUAUUAGCUCAAUUUGCAGGUGUGCAGGCAUAAGGAUCCGAGGUGGCUGGGAGUGGACAUCCUCAAAUAUGAUCCAUUCUGCCCGCCUCGGUAUCACUUGAAGCUUCUUCUUUUUGCGAUAUAGGAUGAAGAAGCUCGAAGGCUCGGAAGAUAGAUAGGUGAAUGAUUGAGAGCCCUGUUUUACCAAUGAUGAUGAUGAAAAUCAAAAUUUGUACUAGAAUUAUCGGAGAUGGAAAUGCUGUUCUUUGUUUGGGUGAAGCCCCUAUAUGGAGCGGAAAAGGAGGAUACACGAACCAUUUUGGCUGAAGGUGCUAUUUUGAAUUCGGCUCACGGCAGCAGCCAUAACUGUGCUUCACAAGGAUUAUUGUGGCUAGAGCGAUGAAAUCGAUCUUUAUUGUCUAUUGCUAUCUUUGGUUUUGGAAUGUGAUAGUAUCUUUUUGGUUUGUUAUCUAGAAUUCAAAAAUGUCUCUUAAAACCUAUUGCAGAUAUCCGAAGAUUUUGUUUGGGAUUUAAUGCUGUAAAUUUCUGUAACGUUUCUCCUGAAAUCAUUUGUGAUGUUAUUUCCCUUGUGGUUCUA